CCUACCGUUGUAUGUUCUCACUUUCCACUCCGACCCAUCUCUCUCUCUCUCUCUCCCCGCGCAGCCCAAGCCUUGCUUCUCUCUCUUCUUCUCUGUUUCUGAUCUCUGAGCUAUGAGACCUCCGUCGCCGCCUCUCCUCAUUCUCUUCCUCCUCGUCUUCCCCACCAUUAUCUACUCUGCCACCGAGUCUCCUGCUUCCUCACCAUCUCCACAUUCUCCCUCCCCUUCUUCUCCCUCUCCCUCUUCCUCACCUUCUUCUCCUUCUCCCUCUUCCUCACCUUCUUCUCCCUCGUCGUCUUCCUCCUCUCUCGACCCUAAGCAACUCAGAGCACUUCAAUCCCUCAACAUACCUAUCUCCAAGGACCCUUGCUCCCGCAAUGCCACUCUUUGCGACUCUUCUAAACCCUUUCGCCACAUCGUCUCCCUUCGUCUCUCUAACUGCUCCUCCUAUGUUGCUCUCUCCUACACCGCCCUCAAAUCCCUCUCCACCCUUCAGUCUCUGCAGCUCCUCAACUGCCCCGUCACUCCCAUUCGCUUCCCUCCUGAACUUAUUGCCUCUCUUCGCUCUUUCUCCUGCGUCAGAAGCCUCCGCAAGGUCUCGGGCGUUUGGCUCUCCCGCCUCGAGAACCUCACCGAUCUCACCGUCUCCGAUGUCCAGGUCAAAGCUUCGGGUCCUUAUGUUAUUCUUGGACACAUGAAUAAGCUCAAGUCUCUCACCAUUUCUCGCGCCAAUCUCACUGGUAACCUUCCCAAAUACAUCGAUUCCAAUCUUACCCAUGUGGACUUCUCUGUUAAUCAACUGAAAGGAAGCAUACCCACCUCUAUUACUAUGCUGGAUGGUCUGGAACACUUGAAUCUUUCGUCCAAUGAGCUCCAUGGUGAAAUUCCCCCUGCUAUAGGAAACUUGAUUUCGCUUAAAAGCCUCUCUUUGGCUUCAAAUUCGUUAUCUGGGCCUAUCCCGGGCUCAGUAUCGGCUAUACCGGGUUUGACUCACAUGGAUCUGAGCUCAAACCAGCUCAAUGGGACGAUUCCCAAGUUCAUUUCACAUAUGAAGAAUCUCAAGUACUUGAAUCUGGCUAAUAAUAACCUUCGUGGGGUUAUGCCUUUUAACUCGACGUUUAUAAAGGGUCUGACAGUGCUCAAGCUGAGUGGAAACAGCAAUCUGUGCUAUAACCAUUCGGUCCUGUCCUCAAAGUUGAAGCUUGGCAUUGCCCCUUGUGAUAAGUAUGGAAUGCCGAUGUCUCCUCCGCCAUCAAAGGAGUCCUCUGCAGAUGAUAGCAGUGAUUACGACGACAGUGACGAGGAUGAUAAUAGCAACAAGAAAGAGCAUCACCAUGGCCCAAACAAGGUCGUUCUUGGUGUGGCGAUUGCGCUUUCUUCCAUCGUCUUUCUCAUUAUUUUCUUGAUCCUCUGCUCAAAAUGUUGUCGGUGAAGAAAUAUAGGGUUAUUUGCUUUAUAGUUUAGAUUAGGACAAUCGAUAAUUUAUGUGGAUCAUUGUUUGAUAUGUUCAUUAGACACCGGAGAGUAUGUCCUGAGAAAGGGAGAAAGGAAUUUGAGAAGAAAGGUGAAAGGUGAUUGUCAAAACAAAGACGGAAAAAAAAAAUGAAAUUCAUCAAUUCUUUUGGGGGUGAAUGGGUGUAGUGUCCAAUAAAAGACGAAGAUGAAAAAUGUGGGUAAUCAUUAAGCUGGCGUUCUAUUCUUAGUUGCUUAGAUCAACUACUUGUGCAUUGCAACAAGUUUACUUUGAAUUCCAUGCUUUGUCACUGUAUCACUUGCUCUUUUGGUCAAAAAGGGAGAGGUGGUGCGUGUAAUACCUCGAAAGAUAUAUUUACGUGUGCUAUAUGAGCAAUAACGACCCACUCAUUUUAGUUUCAGUUUCUCUUGCUAAUUGCGCCAUGGCAUUUAAUCUUUCUCCUCUGUUCCUUUGGUUGCAUAUUUAGCUUUGUUGGAAUAAUAGUGUUUUAUUUAUGUUCUGUACAAGCCCUAUAGGAAGUGUAAGCCAGGUGCAGCUUACGCCAAAUGAAAAGUCUGUACUGCCAUCUAUUUCAUAUGAAGCUUUCCUUUCUUUUUUUUGUCAAUUUAACAUCCAAAAUUGAAUCCUAAGAAUCGUUUUCAUUUGUAUGUCCUAUAUGUAUCCAUUUUAUUGCCCUUGAACA